GACAUGGCGGGCCAGAGUCAUGGCUGGCUCGUCUGUGCUCGGAGCUCUGCUGCUCGCGGCGCUGUGCGCGGCCAAGUGCGCAGACAAGCCGACCCCUCGCCAGCUCGAGCUGCUCAAGAUGGAAGGCACGUGGUACGUCUUGAAGCAUACAAACGGCCUGGAGAAAUAUUCAUGCGGAGAAGUAUUGGUUCACGCUGGGUUCAACAAUUCAGUUAGUUGGAGCGUGAGGUACUUUGACAGCACACGAAACAAGUGGGAUGGCUUCAGCGGGCAGGCAACCAAGUCAAGCGGCAAAGAAGGCAAGCUAAAAGCGAGUUUCUGGAAACCGGCAAACAGUGAUGACAUGUUCUCGGAGCUCGUUCAACAUAACUUGGACACUUGGUUGCUCAACAAGAAGUACAAUGACUGGGCUGUCUUGCGGACAUGCAGGGAGGAUAGCGAUUCAGAGUUCUACCUCGUGCUGUCCCGGAGACGAGGCCUGAUCACGAAUGAAGACGUCACCGCGAAAUUCACACAGGGGGACAUGACAGACGCCAAGCAAGACAACUGUGAUACGUACAAGACUUUUGGAGGUUUAUAAGCAGAUAUCUAUUUACUCUCAUUUAAAUACAUUCUUACAUUUAACUGACAUGUAAAUUAUGCAAUGCCAAAAGUUUUAAAAAACUCGGCUAGAACUGUUUUUGACAGUAAAGUUCUAAACUUAUAGUUUUUUUUUUACAAAAGAUAUUUGAAUAAAUGUAUAAUGUAUUAAUUUAGAUGUACUUAUUCAACUAAACUGUCGUAGUUAAACAUGAAAUAAAAGUUUAAAUUUGCACUUUUAAUCACAGUGAAGGAUAACAUUAAAUGAACAAAAAUCAUAACUGGUUGAUGAUUAUUUUUUAAAGUAUUUUAAUGCAUUACAGAAUAAGUUCUUUUAUGGUAUUUUUUUUCGUUUUUCAAUUAGUGUAUGUAUCUUUCAUGCGAACAUAAAAUGUCUAUGUAAUUAAUUUAUUUCUCUUUGUUGUAUUUUGUUACUAUAAUGUUAAGUUAUGAUGGAAAUGUACAAGUUUUUAGUUUUUUUUUCUACUGAAAUUGAUUAGUUGAUUCUGUAAAAAAUCCUGAACAAAUUAAACUUUGUCAUAUUUUACAAGUUUGAUGAAAAUUAAUUAAUAAUUCAUAAUUGAUUAAUUAAUGAAUAAAUAAUUUUGCCUUCCUAUACCACGUUUUUGGUGGUGUUCCUAUUAAAUUGGUCAAAAUAAAAUGAAGUUUGAAGAGAUAUUUUUACAGUGUAACAGGGUUUUAACUAACAUUUUUCUAAAACAUUUUGGGUCUACGCAUGUGUUUGCCUUAAAGAGAUUGACGGGAAGAGAAUUUUAUAGAACAAACUAACUUAAAAAUAUGAAUAUCUUGGAGUAUUGCCAAUUUUCUUCAAAAUGUUUCGCUACAAAAAUGAUUACAAAAACUACUGUAUCACUGAGACAAAUUUGUAUUUUGUGUGUAUAGUAAAUUACGUACUGAGAGUAUUAUAUAGGUCCGGUUAAUAAAAUAUAAGAAAUUUAUUGUUAAAAAUGCUUUAUGUUAAUUACGCUUAUAAAGCUAUAAAAAACUUUUUGUGUAUUAUUAGAAGCUUUGUUUUUAAUUAAUUCCUCUAGUUCAUAAUUUGUUCAAAAUUGUAAAGAAAUACGCGAAGAACAGUAGACAACUAAUAUAUUUAUACUUAUAUAUAAUUUGUUUUUAAUUUUUAACCUCUUCUAUAAAAAUGUUUAAGAACAAGGAUUACAUAACUGAUAGUUGAACGAGAGUAUAAAAGUCCUAUAUUACUGGAUUAUUUACGUCAAACCACGCUUCGAAUUUACUUGUUACAUGGGAAAAAAUAUGUACCAUUUAUGCGUUAAAUAUUUCGGUAAAAAGUGUCACAUAUGUUUAAAAAAGAGUAUUUUGAUGUGAUGUUAAAUUUUAUAUUUCUACAAGCACAAAAGUAGUACUAUUAAACAUGUUUGUAUACAGACUCAAGGAAAUAAAUAAAUGUUUGUGUUUCUUCUUAA